AUGGCCAAGGUCUCCUCUUCCGUCUCUACCUCCCGCCGCAAGAGCCGCGCUGCUCACUUCAAGGCCCCCUCCAGCCAGCGCCGUGUCAUCCUCAGCGCUCCCCUCUCCAAGGAGCUCCGUGAGAAGUACAACGUCCGCAGCAUCCCCAUCCGCAAGGACGACGAGGUCACCAUCGUCCGCGGCAGCAACAAGGGCCGCGAGGGCAAGGUCACAUCCGUCUACCGCCUCAAGUACGUGAUCCACGUCGAGCGCAUCACCCGCGACAAGGCCUCCGGACAGUCCGUCCCCCUCGGCAUCCACCCCUCCAACGUCGUCAUCAACAAGCUCAAGCUCGACAAGGACCGUGAGGACAUCCUCGCCCGCUCCAAGGUCGGCCGUGAGCUCAAGGCCAAGGGCAAGGUCACUGCCUAA